GAGGAUACACAAGCAGUGAAAUUAUUCACCCGGCAAAAUCGUCAUUACAACGCGGAAUCUGUUGAAGAGCAGCAGUUCGCACAUACCGCCAAUGUAUCCAUCAACGGAACAGAUAUUCUACAGCAGUUGACGCAGCUGACAGCAUCGGAUGACAGAGUGGUCAUCAAUGUGAUCAUCACCCCGCAAAUGUCCCUAACGCCCACUUUUAUCACUAAGAACGGCACUAAUAUCGACCUCACCGGAAACAGCUCGUUGGCUUUGGGACUUGGACCGAACUAUGGUCCCACGUAUGGCAAUUCAUAUGGAAAUACGUACGGUCCAACGCACGGCAUAAUCUACGGCCCAACCUACGGCAACACCUUCGGGCCGAGUUACGGCGCGACUUACGGGACCACGCACAGCAUCGGACUGGGACCUAGUUUCGGACCGACAAUUGGACCAUCAUUUGGAGCCACUUACGGAGCAACAUAUGGACCGAUGUACGGAGCCACGUACGGCCACACUAUCGGAUCGUCCUACGGACCGACAAUCGGUCACACGUUCGGUCCCAGUUAUGGCGCCAAUUACUUCUUGCCGAAGCCGUUACCGCCCGGCGGCGUCACAGCCAACAUAACUUCUGUAACGAACAGCACCGGACCAACCGGCAACCUCGUAAAGACCGCUACUGCCACACAGACGAUGGGCGGAAUGGGGCGCUGGAAUGGACUGGACUUAAUGUGAACGGUUGGUAGUUUUUUUUUAUCGAGGAAAUUGCGUCAAAAUACGCUGUGGUAGUAGUACAACUACAGAAUUACAGAUUUUUUAUUAUGCUGUGAAUAAAAUCGAUAAAUGACGAUAUCAGAUGCUUCUUUGUCUAUUCGUGUUU